CCUCCAUAGCACAUGUACAGAGCACCAGUGUGGUUCACAGCUGGAUCUAAGGGUAACUGCUGCUCUUCCAAAUGAGCUCUGUGGCGCACUCGCUGCUGCUGCAAAGUUAAUCUGCAAUAGGGGACAGGAUGGCCCCCGCCUGGUGCCGCUCAGCCUGCACUGCAGCAAGUGACAGUGUACCCGCCGCUGCUGCUGGACUGUGAGAUGGGACCCACCGGUGAACGCUGAUUCGCCAUGCUGCAGACAGCAGCUGAAUCUCAUGAGUUCAACCCUGACCCACUGGUCGUUAUUACUGUCCUGCCAAUUCACUGCGGACUCCGAUGUCUGUAGACCAGCUGACAGCGCUAUCUAUAUAAUCAUCUUUAAAAGAACGCCAUCUUUAAUGACUUCACAGAAAUAACGCAGGGAGAACCUUUAGUGUAUGAACAGUGCUGGACUACAAGUGACACGACAAGUGUUUCUGACGCUGAUCACAUGAAAACAGAAGACGGUCCUGUUCAACUGGUAUGGAGCAAGCUGGCUGCCUAAAAACGGUGUCAUCCCCGGUUACUGUCCUCUACCUGCUGUUCUUAUUAGAGGGGACAGGCUCGGAAAAACUUUUCCACAACAGAGAUCAUUCGGAUGUUGACUUACAAAAUCACCCACAAGCGGAUGCCAUCUUGAGCCCUGAGGCUGCACAGCAAUACCUUGUGAAAUACGGAUGGGUGAAACCUGUAAAUUGGGAAGAACAAGCAUUUGGAGAGUUCCUUGAACUUGACAGAGCUCCACAAGAUGUUUCUCAGCUCAUUUCAGAAGGGGACUCAGAAGAGCGGGCGAUCUUCAGUUCUAAUAAGACAGAGAUAAGUGAAUCAUUUUCAGAGUCUUUGAAAAAAUUUCAAGAAGCCAACGGACUGAAUGCCACUGGUUUCCUGGACACUGCAACCAAGCUUGCCAUGAACAAACCCCGUUGCGGUGUUCCCGACCACAAAGUCCCAUCGAAACGUAAGAAUGGAACUCUAAGUCUUUUUGCUGCAAAUGAAACUCACCACGAUGUCAUUCAAACUGCAAACUCUCAACGUGCAAAAAGAAGUGUCCUGUCCAGACUGGUCGAUCACUACAGAAGAAAGCGGGAUAACCAAGAUGCUAUGGAGAAUGGGAACUUCAUGAGUUUUCCCAAGAGAACACUGAAGUGGAGGCUGAUGGGAGAAGGGUACAGCAUGCAGUUGACCAUUGACCAACAAAGGAAAAUACUUGCCACUGCUUUCCGCAUGUGGAGCGAAGUGAUCCCUCUGCAGUUUGUGGAGGACCUCACUGGAGAUGACAUAGAUAUUCGAAUUGGCUUUGGCACAGGUCAACACCUUGGCUGUUCCCAAGCAUUUGAUGGAGUUGGGCAGCAGUUUGCACACGCCUGGUAUCUUGGAGAUAUUCACUUCGAUGAUGACGAACAUUUUGUUGGGCCAAGCAGUGAGCAAGGAAUCAGCCUUCUAAAAGUCGCAGUGCAUGAAAUUGGCCAUGCCCUUGGCUUACCCCAUAUCAACCGCAUGGGUUCUGUGAUGCAACCAAACUAUACUCCUCAGGGGAAGCAUUUUGAACUGGACUGGGAGGACAGAAAAACUGUGCAGAGAAAAUAUGGUUCAUGUGAUGGGAGUUUCAGCACCAUCUUUGACUGGGUGAGGAAGGAGCGGAAUUCCCGUGGGGACACCUUCUAUAGAUUCAACACCUACUUCUUCAAGACAAGCUGGUACUGGAUGUAUGAGAACAAGAGUAACAGAACAAGAUUCGGAGACCCUCUUCCUAUAAGAGAAGGCUGGCGAGGUCUCCCAGAAAAAGGCAUUGAUGCCUACGUCCAUGUUUGGACUUGGAACAUUGAUGCACAGUAUUUUUUUAAAGGCACACAAGUCUGGCGCUAUGACCCUGACAAAGACAUGGUAUACACAGAAGACUGGAAAAAAAAUAAGUAUCCACAACUGAUUUCGGAGGCAUUCCCUGGUGUAUCGAGUCCUGUUGAUGCAGCUUUCUUUGACAAGAAGGAACGACUGAUAUACUUCUUCAGAGAAAAUAAUGUAACUGCAUUUAGUCUGGACAAGAAUAAGAUGGCGGAGAACUUUCCAAAACGCAUCACAGAUGUCUUCCCUUCCGUUGAUCCUGGCGAUCAUCCAAUCGGACACAUUGAUGCAGUCUAUGUCUCCUACACCUACAAAGAAACGUAUUUCAUCAAAGACAGGUAUUACUGGAAAGUGGUCAAAGAUCAAGACAGGCAAGCCAAUGCGUCAUUGCCCGUGAAUGGACUGUGGCCACACAAGAAGAUAAACUCCAAGUGGUACGACAUUUGCGAUGUACAUCCAUCUGUUCUCUUCAACACGACAUAGACUGGGAAACUGCCAUGCCUGGUCUGAAAGCGCAUCAGUGAAUGGAAAAAAAAAUAAUAAAUGUUGCAACACAAUGUUUAUCAUUGCAUUCCAGCCAACUCCGACGCUUCACCGUGUACCACUAAUACUGUUCCCAGGGUUGCUGCUGUGAGAAAAGAACAGGGAGGCCCGGCAGUCACUGCUUCUUCCAAAUACCUUGUGAUCAGUUGUGUAAUAUCAAAGUAAUAAACACAAGGUUCCGUAGGAAAUAUUUAACCGUAUGCAGUGUGCACAAUCCACAACAAUCACUGUUCUAGAACUGUGUGUCUUUAUUCUGUUUAACAUCUUGGUUUCUGAUUUAAACAAGGAUAAAGCUAAGAAAACAAAAUGGCUGCACUUAGGUUUAUUUUUUUUUUCAUUCACAAUUACUGAAACCACUGCAUUUUACUAGGCAGAAUGAGAGACUGUUCCUAUUAGGUUUCUGAUGUAUCUGCGGAAUUGUAAACACUGGUAAGUUAGCCACCCACUGUAUGUGAGCAAUGACGUAACUGUAAACACUGUAAGUUAGCCACCCAGUGUGAGUAAUGACGUAACUGUAAACACUGGUAAGUUAGCCACCCAGUGUAUGUGAGCAAUAACGUAACUGUAAACACUGUAAGUUAGCCAUCCAGUGUAUGUGAGCAAUGACGUAACUGUAAACACUGUAAGUUAGCCACCCGCUGUGAGUAAUGAUGUAACUGUAAACACUGGUAAGUUAGACACCCAGUGUAAGUGAGCAAAUACAUAAUUGUAAACACUGGUAAAUUAGCCACCCAAUGUAUGUGAGUAAAUAUGUAACUAUGAACACUGAUAAGUUAACCACCCAGUGUACAUGAGCAAAGACGUAACUGUAAGCACUGGUAAGUUAGCCACCCAGGGUAUGUGAACAAUGACGUGAGCAUAACUUCUGCUAGACAGUUGUGAUUAUUGCUGGAAAAUUAAAGGUUGCACGAUUGGUUGCAGAGAUACUUGUCUGAUGAAGUACUGUAUGAAUGAUCUUUUAUUGCUGCUAGGAUUGAGUUGGAUUUACGUAAAGAACUCCAAAAGCUAAAAUUAUAUUUAUUUACCCUUUUCGCAAACAUCUGUAUUUUAAGCUUUGUUGUUUACUUGACAGUAAAAUGAGUAUGUUCUCAUAUUUGCCCUACAAGCAAUACUUUGACUACUAUAAUUUCUAGUGUUAAGUUUAUUAGGACAAGGACACAAAAUACCUGUUUGUUCACUCAAAGGAGGACCUUGUGUUGCUAUUACAAAUGCUUACUUUUUAUACCAGAUUCAUGCUACCCUUUAUAUUUAAUAUGCUACAAGAAGUUAAUAUUGGACUAUGCAAUAUACAUUGACAAUCAUAUUAAUAAAAUGAUACCUAUUUCGUU